AUGGCGGAGGCGCUGAGGCGCGUGCUGGACGCGGGCCGCGCGUGCGGGGCCGGGGAGGAUGGCGCCGCCGGGCCUCCGUUGUUGCUGCUCGGGACUCCGCGCUCCGCGCAGACGUCGCUGCUGUUUGCGGCUGCCCUCGAGGCGGCAGGGGAAGGCCGCGGGCCCGUCCUCUUCCUGACACGAAGGCCGCUUCAGAGCCUGCCGCUCAGUACACCCGCGGCGCGGGACCACUGGCGGCUCCAGAAGGUUCGAUUCCAGUACCCAUCCUCAAUUCAAGAGCUUCUUCACUUGCUAGCCUCUGCCCAUGAGGCCCCCGGGCCCGCACUAUCCCUUCUACUCCUGGACGGCCUGGAUGAAUACCUAACAGAAGAUCUGGGUGCCCAGGAAGCUGCCUACGUGGCUGCAUUGCUUCUAGAUACUGCUGCAUACUUCAGCCACCGUCUUGGAGCCAGUGGCAGCUGCGGGCUUGUGGUGGCCCUUGAGACCCAAAAAGAAGCUGAUGGGGAUGUCCCUCAUCUGACAUUACUUCAGCGGUAUUUUCCUGCACAGUGCUGGCUGACGCCAGAUGCCCUAGGCUUGGGACAGCACCACUGCCUUCGAGCCAGCCUGGACUUGGGUAAGCCGAGCCUCAGGACAGAGUGGUCAGUGACUUUUUUAUCCCGUGGAGAGAUGAAGAUCGGCCCAUGGCCAUACCAGGCUUCUAAGCCCAGCUCUGAUAAAAAAGGUCCAAGUGCUGGAAGCCAGCCUGCAGCGUUGGUGGGUGACAACCUCUCUGGUCCUCAGUUUCCCUUGGAUGGAAUACUAACUUCAGGGACAGGUGUAGACUCAAAUUCUUGAAAAAUGGAGGUUUUCUGUUUAUCACCUGGCAUCGUUGGGGGCUGGUAAGAUGACUCAGUAGGCAUUGGCAACAGGCAGGAUGACCUCACUUUGAUUCCUGCGACUAAUGUGGUAGGAAUGUAGACAGUUGUCCUCUGGGGGCUGGAGAGAUGGCUCAGAGGUUAAGAGCAUUGUCUCCUUUUCCAGAGGUCCUGAGUUCAAUUCCUAGCAACCACAUGAUGCCUCACAACUAUU